CGCAAGACGGCGUCGCAGCAGUGCGUUUCUCGGGGCCUUUGAAGGGGGCGAUGGAUUAGUGGUGUGCGAGCGAUUCCCGUCGGAGAAACCGACACUUGACACUGUGUCAAGUGUCAGCAACCUCACCAGCACUCCCCCAGCCAAGAGCCUCACUAAAAAAGCGACCGCUGGAGAGGUGAACUUCAUUCCACAGUCACUGGAGAAUCUUCUAGGCAUUAAUCUGAAUCUCAAGGGCGACUCUAGCGGAGGCAAUACAUCAGACGAAGCACCCCACAAGGCAGCCCGGCGUCGGUCUGGUGAUCGCCGACAGUCUGCAUUAGACGUCGAUGACAAACAAGGCCAUUGCGAGCGCAUCAGUGAGCUGUUGAAGGAGUUGGAGAUGUUCUGUGCUUCACGACUGGACGACGAUACAACUGCGCCACGACACAGCAAGGGGGGGCAUGUGAAG